UAAUCAGCAUGUGCUUGUAUAAAAAGUGAGGACUAAUGAUGCUUUAUUUAUUUUUUAUUUUAACUGCCAAAAUGCAGUUUUGCUGCGACUGGACGUGGGCAGGAAAAAUCUCCAUUGGAAACAGUAUAGCUUGGAAAACUGCUACCAUACUGUUAUGAGACAUACAGUACAGUUCGCAGGCAUGUACACAGUCAUGCCUUAUGACUAGUGUUUUCUAUUCAUGUAUAUCCUGGUUCUGACCAUGUCAAAAGGAGGGGUUAUUAAUAGCAAACGUCUAGGUCGGCAUGUUAAUGGUCAAGUAUUGUUUUUAUGUUGUCUGUUUAUGAACUUGGAAUCCCUGAAUGCUUUGUCACCCAGGGAAGCACCAUGCUGACCAGUAUCACUGAAGGGAUACUCUGCUGCCUGACUGGGAAGGCUGCCAGUCUGGUCUUGCCCCUGGAGUCGUCAGAACCCUCUGAUGGUUUUGAGUUUGUGGAAGUGAAACCUGGGAGAGUCCUGCGAGUGCGGCACAUCGUCCCCGAGCGUCAGCCUGUAGUAACAGAAGAGCAAGCUGCAGGCAAGGAGAAAACGGAUGGCGACUGUGAUGAUGACGGCUCUCCUGAGGAUUCUAAUAAUGAGAGCAAUACCGGCAGCAGUGUCCACUGCAAGAGGAAGAUCACAGUCUACCGCAACGGCCAGCUGGUGAUCGAGAAUCUCGGUGAUGUUUUGCACUCUGAGAUCCUGCAGUGUCAGGACGGGGAUCUGGAGCCUUGUACCACUGUAGAGGUGGAGUUGGCUGACUACAAAGAAAUGCCCUCUUCUCCAGACCCCAACCCUGUUCCUCCUCCAGUUCCUCCUCCCCUUGGGGAACAGAAACCUGCUCCACCUCCUCGCCGCCGCCGUCGCAAGCCCAAGCGCACGGUGCUGAUCGACUCAAAGAGGGUGAUCUCAAGCUGCAAAGGGACGCACUCGGAUGUAGCGCUGUUCUUCGUGCAUGGUGUGGGUGGUUCUCUGGACAUUUGGAGCAGCCAGCUGGACUUCUUCUCUCGGCUGGGCUAUGAGGUCAUCGCGCCCGACCUGGCGGGGCAUGGAGCCAGCACUGCCCCACAGAUUGCAGCAGCUUAUACAUUUUAUGCUCUUGCAGAGGACCUUCGUGCCAUCUUUAAGAGAUAUGCUCGUAAACGCAACAUUCUCAUUGGCCACUCGUAUGGAGUGUCAUUUUGCACCUUCCUGGCCCACGAAUAUCCUGAUCUGGUCCAUAAGGUGGUGAUGAUCAAUGGAGGGGGUCCCACAGCUCUGGAGCCCAGCCUAUGCUCCAUCUUCCAGCUGCCAUCUUGUGUCCUGCACUGUCUGUCACCCUGUCUGGCCUGGAGCUUCCUCAAAGCUGGAUUUGCCCGUCAGGGUGCCAAAGAAAAGCAGCUGUUGAAGCAGGGCAAUGCCUUCAAUGUGUCUCCAUUUGUCCUGCGAGCCAUGAUGAGUGGCCAGUACUGGCCUGAGGGGGAUGAGGUCUACCAUGCUGAGCUCACUGUGCCCAUCCUUCUGGUUCAUGGCAUGUGUGACAAGUUUGUGCCCAUGGAUGAGGACCAGCGCAUGGCAGAGAUCCUCCUGUUUGCAUUCCUAAAGGUAAUUGAGGAGGGAAGUCACAUGGUCAUGAUGGAGUGUCCUGACACCGUCAACACCCUCCUCCAUGAGUUCUUUCUAUGGGAGCCUGACAUGUCUAGAAAAGACAGCAGCAAGACAGACACAGAGAAGACUGUUGCUCUCAGUGACACUCUCCACACACUGAAAAUCAAUAAGCCUAUGGACAAAUAACCAACAAGGAGUCUAGUUUAAUCACAGAACCAAGCAGAAGGCCUUUUUCGGCAUGUGUUCUUAAGGCUGCUCCUAGGCUGAGAGCUGUUAUAAACAGGGCCACAUCUUAAGGAUGUGGACGGCCACUGGUGCUCCAAGAUAAAGCAGGACUUUGGCAUGGUGCCAACCAGAGAAUGAUGGAACGAACAUAGAGAUGAAGGCAAUGGAUGCAAAUACACAGUCAGUUUCUGCUUUGCUUUUUGAUAGCAGUUUGUGCCCCCAUCGCGUCAUGUUUGCAAAACGACACAACACCUGGAGGUCAAAAGGACGAUGUCCAUUUGUGAUUUGUGUAUGAAAUGUUUCUGGUGAAGAACUGACUACUGCAAAACGCAAAAAGCAUAAAAUCCAUGAAAUGGUGUGUGAAUUGCCUCAACUUUAUCUUAAAUAUUCUGUAAAGUACUGCAGAGCUUCUGUUCUACCUUUACAAAAUGGUCUUACAUCUGCUUUCAAUGGGAAACUGGCAAAAUAAUUGCCAGUAUGAUGCUGAAGGACAUCUUAUAAUAAAACUCAAGUGUUGAUAAUAAUAUUUUAUUAUCAUAUACUGACUGGAUGGUAGUGGGAAAUCGUUUAAAGACAUUAAAUAUAUACUGAUGUACAUGCAAAAUGUAACUAAUAAUUGCACCACAUGCAUACAUAGAUCACAGUAUGCCAGAAGGAGAAACACAAAACUUCAUUGUUCACCUGCAAUCCAGCCACCUAUUAAUCACAAUACAUACAAUGUGCAGUGUACACCAUCUCAAACAUGAAGACUCACAGUCACAGCUAUACAAUUGGCUCAUCUAUUUCCAAAUUACAGCAAUUUAUUUUCCAGGUAUUGAACUCUUAUAUAAAAUCUAAAUCCAAAAAGCUAUGUGUGUCUAUGUUAAGCACAAUGUAACCAAUUCAUAGUUGCAUGAAAAUUAAGUAAUAUUCAAUGAGAGAUGUAUGUGAACUGGUUGCAAAAACAGAUGUAAACAAACAUGGAUCCCAAAAGCUUCUCCUCCUGUAUUCUAGCAGCCGUUUCUUCAAUAGUAUAUAAUAUCCUAAGGAUACAAAGUACCAAGGCCCUGCAUGAGUUCAGAAUAUGAAAAGGUAUUAGGGUUGUUUCAGACAGUUUCAAUAUAUUCUCAUAUCGAAAAAAUACCAGUGCACUCCUUCCUAAUCAAAUAAGUGUUCCUUUUAAGUAUUAUUUUGCCUUUAUUCUGAAAUAACAGCAACUGCCAUAACAAAUUGUGGUUGUAUUGACCGCUUUAAGCUGUUGUGUCUCUAAGCUGAUAAAUGCAAAACAAAAGUGUGUUCCCCUACUACUCUCCACUCCACUCUAUUUAUCUAAUAGUGUCAGACAGAAAGAAUGAGCUAAACAUUAUGCUCACUGAAAGACAUUCAUUCAUGGGUGCUGCUUUGUCUCAUAGUGGGACAGUAAGGUGCGAGUAAACGCACAGUCUAAUAUGCUCCCUGACAGUGCUUAUCUGUUGACUGGAUAGUUUAUACUGUUUUGAGUAGCAGAAGGUGUAAAUUGGUGGAUUUGUGAGACUGGGUGUUAAAAUCAAACAUGAGUCAGUCAAAAGAGAAAGAUCCCUAAAAGGAGGGACAUUUGUACUGACCAUGCUGGUUUGUUUUAUAUGCAUUUUGACAGAAUGCGGAUGCAACAUCUUAUGCAACUGGAACAAAAUAGAGGAAAACAGAGUGGAAAUAAACUGACUUGGCACCGACACCUCAAAAACAUUAUGUAUUCUCAAUGGACUUUCCAAAAACCAACAAGUGCUGCUGAUGCAAUGUACUGUAUGUCUCCUUUGGUGUGAAAGGUCAGUAAAACUGUAUGGACUACAGGGUGCACAUGUACUUCUUCUUAUGCUAAAAGUGUGCAUAUAAAACUGUCAGUGCUCAUAUGUGCUAAAUCUUUUUGUGGUUAACAAAAUGUGUUAAUGUUAUUGUUGCAUUUAUUCAUGGGAAUCAUAAUAUAUGCACUCCCUAAAUGUAGAUGCAUAUAACAUUAUAUAGCCUAUCAAAACAGUUGGAUUCAGUGUAUGAACAUGCCUUUCCUGGCAUGAAAUAAAACAGAUGUUCACAGUCUA